AUGCGCAGCCGCACACGAGACCAAGUGGUGGUGCACCUGCCCAAGCCCGACGACAGCAGUGCCACCGUAAGCGAGACAACAAGUGAAGACCCCCUCUGGCUACAUGUAUCUCUGCUUGGCUGGGCAGAAAUUGCGGGACAUGAAGACUGCCGACCUCUCGGACGCCUUUCUGAACCAAUGCUCCACCGAAGGUCACAAUUGUUACUUGAUCGAUUCGUGUCGUCAUGUGAUGGUGAUGUCUUCAGUGUCUUCAGUGUCAACUCGAUCGGAGGCCGACAAGACGUUCAGUGAUGUGCGUGUUGCUCAGCCGAGGGCAUCUCACAUCGACACACAGCCGGCAGACAGGUCCGCAUCCCACACAUGAAUGGCCAUUGAGUACAUCUGUCUGUCUGUCUGUGUAUCAUCUCAGCGCUGAUGUGUCGCCGGGCAUCACACUGCACGACCUGCAGGCCAACUUGUGCCAUGUAGUGGACGAGCUAGUCAGCAGAGAGCAGCUGUACCAGGCUUCCUUGCGACCGGCCGCCGAUGGCAGUGAUCUAGAGACGGCCGACAUCAAGGCAUCGACAGACCACCACCAGCAGCACAACGGCGGCUGGCGGGAACUCUAUGAGGCCUUCCGCAAGGUCAAACGGACACUCAUCGAAAAGGGCAGCCCAUCGGUCAGUAAGUAAGAGGUGCUCAUGCUUUAUCUUCUCUGUGAGCACCCGUGUACUCAUUUGUGUUGUUGGUUGGGUGUAGGAUGCCAUCCCGGAGGUCUUCGCAAGCCUCGCUCACUCCGUGGGGGAGACGCUUGGCGAUGCAGCAGAUGACGUGCCCAUCAGUGGGGCAUUGUCGCUCGUCAGCUCGACCCAAUCGCGGCUGAGCGUUAGGACGCCCACACCGGCUCCCUGA